UGAGCCGCACACCGGAGCCAGGCUGGAAGAGGGGCAUUUACUGCGGAGACCCCCCCCAUGCUGACACUUUGUACAUCAUGGAUUUUGUGACCCACGGCUAUUUGGACGCGCGGUCUCCUUACGAUUACACCUUCAAUUUUUGGAACGACUACCUGGGUCUGUCGACACUUGUGGCCCCGAACAAGAUCCGCAGCCCCCCCUGCAGCCCCAACUCUAUAACGGAGUCACUAAAAGCCACUCUGGGCUUGGACGACUCGGUGCCGAGCAGGGACGGCGACGCGGGUCACCUGGACUGCUGCUCCCCGCCCAUCUCUCUCUAUGAGCUCCAGGAGCAGAUCUCGCUCCUGCGGCCGUACGGACACCUCCGGAGCGCCGAUAGAGACGCGGCUCCCUACGGGGGCGGUAGCUUGGUGGGGUUGGAGCUGCUUUCCGCGGACCGGAGACGCAAGCAAGCCCAGCGGGGCAAGCCGGAGCCCAAAGUCUGCGUGUUCUGUCGGAACAACGGCGCGCCGGAGGAGGUGUACGGCACUCACAUCCUAAAGACCGCGGACGGCAAGGUGCUGUGCCCCAUCUUGCGGGCGUACACUUGCCCCCUGUGCAGCGCCAACGGAGACAACGCGCACACCAUCAAGUACUGCCCGCUGUCCAGGGACCCGCCCGGGGGCCACAGGGUGCUGGCUAAAGGAAGCAGGGUGGCUGGCAGGAGACUCAAAAUCUUCACAUGAACCCUCUGAAGUGAUGAUGAUGAUGAUGGCAAGUUUCUAUUUGAUUACGGAAAUAACCACAUACCAUCCGAUUUGAAUGACAUGUGCUCCUUUAAAUGCAGGCUCAGAAACUGUCAAACCACUUUCCAUCUGGAUCUAAUCCAGACUGCACAUUCGGAACCAAUGCUAAUUCAACUCAGAAAAGUCCAAAGUGACGUUUCUGGUUAAAAGGACAUCAUUUGAAAAAAGAAUAACACAUGUGUCAAGUCUGAUUGAUAAUGAUUAAUAUUGUUAUGGGAGGUGUAAUAUCAAACUGUAAUGGUUUAAUUUCAGUUGAACAUGCAUCAGAUUCCAAUUGAGUGCAUCCCAUAAUCAGUUCCCAGUUCCACAUGUCCAAAAGGAGUAGGAAGAAGCAAAGCUUAUUAAAUCCUACCCCUCCACCUGGUACUUUUACAAUCACUAACUGUUACAUUUGUUCACUUCCUGCUUUCCUAAUAUAGUUAAAAAAAAUAUCCAUUCCAUAGUUUGAUUCCACAUACUGAAAUGCUAUGGCUUUUUAACAUAGUCCUAGCAUAGAAGUGUUUCACUAGAAUGCAUUCACACUGUACAUUUGGACCAAAUGUAAAUUGAACCCAAAACGAAUAUGUUUCGAUACACAGAUGUGAUCAAAUCAAGAUAUCUUACUCACUGGUUUCCAGUAGGAGAUCUGCAACGUCUCGGUCGGCACUCUGUGAAGAUCUGAAAAACAAAAGAAAGAACCAAAGCAUGAUUAUGCCGAUUACGGAUCAGUGACCACACUGGCUGUUUGUUCUAGUGAUGACAUGAUGCUGCACUCCGAAUGUCAGUCAGUUACCUGCCACUCAGGCCUGCAUGAAACAAAUACAUCUCCCAGCACUGUAAUGUGGCAUUUUCUACCAAAGGAACACACCUUUAUGUAUGUAGCCUAUACUUCCUGCAUCAUGGAUGUCAUAUAUUCUUUACGUGUUCGAUUUUUAUGUGGAUAGUAUUUUGCAUAUCUGACCGAAUGUAAAAAAAAAAAAAAAGUGGAAUGUUGAUGUGACAUGCAGUUCACUAUAUGAGCUAUAUCAUUUACUGGUAAAAAAAAAAUGCAAAAUUGAAUUUGUAAAUGUUUAAUAAAGGGUAGAGUAGUUUUAGCGAUGAGAAGCGCAACAUUCCAAAGUCUUUAUCUGUUAAUAGAAAAUGUUUUAUGUACUUAAUUUUUUACCUGUAUUACUUGGGGAUAUAUUCAUUUUAAAUAUGCUCUGAAUAAAAAUGUCAUUUGCAUUUGUUUGG